UGUAGCUGUAGUACCUGCCUUGAAGUUCAGGGUGGCUUUAAACUCUGGGACCGACGCGGACUCUCUCCCAGACUCCAUCCAACCGAGCGCCGCUCCGCUCAUCCGGCUGCGCUUCACCUGAGAGCCACCUCACACUUUACGCUCACCAUGGAUUCCCUGACCGUCGUCUCUGCGCUCCUCCUUGCUGGCUUCAUUUCUUCAGCAGCUUUUAAUAAUUUCGACACCGAGUGUUAUACUGCCAACGGAGAGGACUACCGAGGCUUCCAGAACCAGACCAGUCAGCUCGAUGGUAAACCCUGCCUCUUCUGGAACGAGACUUUUCAGCACCCGUACAACACCCUCAAAUAUCCCAAUGGGGAGGGAGGUCUGGGAAGCCACAACUUCUGCAGGAACCCCGAUGGGGACGUCCAGCCGUGGUGCUACAUCGCUGAUCACGAAGAUGGGAUCUACUGGAAAUACUGCAGCAUCCCCACAUGUCAGAUGCCCGGAAACCUGGGCUGCUUCAGGGACAGCGGUAACCCCCCCACGCUUCCUGGCAAGAGCGAGAUUGACAACAAACUCACCAUCCAGAACUGCAUCAGCUUCUGCCGCAAGCAGAGAUACAAGCUUGCCGGUAUGGAGUCGGGCUACGCCUGUUUCUGUGGCAACGAAGUAGAAGUGCAAGAGCCCAGCGAUUCGUCCAACAUGGAGUGCAACCACGUUUGUUUCGGCGAUCACACCCAACCCUGCGGAGGAGAUGGAUGGAUCAUCGUCUUUGACACUCGAGUGGGAGCCUGUGGCGGGAACUACACCUCUCCAUCCGGAGUCAUCUACUCUCCUGACUUCCCUGAUAAAUAUGGAGCCAGUCGCGUUUGUUAUUGGACCGUCCAGGUCCCCGGCUCCUCCGCCAUUCUCUUCAACUUCACCUUCUUCGACAUCUCCGACCAGACGGACAUGGUGGAGCUUCUGGACGGCUACACCAACCAGGUGGUGGCGCGCUUCGACUGGCGCAGCCCCCCGCGGGAGCUGCUGAACGUCACGGGCGACUUCGUCAUCCUGUACUUCUACUCGGACCGCACCAACCAGGCCCAGGGCUUCGCUCUCCUCUACCAGGCGAUCAGAAUCCAGGACUCCAGAGCUGCAGAGAGCGGCGACGAGGACGAGAACGAGGCGACCAGCACGCUGGGGCCACAUCUGGCCAGCGGCGUCACUGAGAGACCCAACAGCACGUCCAGCGGGCGUUCCUCCCAGUUCCGAUACGUGAUCACGUCCAGCCCCGGGAACUCGCAGCACAACAUGCCAGGUCAGUGGCCUGGACGCGGCGAGGCCACCGGCCACAGCUCUAUGUGGACCAUCUACGCUCUGGCUGCUCUCCUCAUUCUGACGGUGAUCGCCAUGGUGGCCAAGCUGCUGCUCCACGUCACAGUCAAGUCUCCAAACAUCCCGACCGUGAGCGGCUCCGAUAGCUGCAGCCAGAGCACGGUGUCGUCCGAGCCGUGGAUCAUUCUGUAUCGACCCUCCACCAUCUCCGUCUUCAAGAAGAAGCUAAAGAGCCAUCACAGCGACCUCAGCCCUCUGGUGGGCCACUAGCGCCUCCGCUGCUGUCCACCAUUACCCAAUCCCCGCCAUCCUCCACCACUCUGUUCAAGGGUCAUCAGACGCCAUGGCCCUCAGACAAUGAAGCUCUAUGAGGCGCUAUGCUAACAAGCCAAAGACUGAGUGGCUAAUGACAACUGACUCAGUGACUGCUGCACAGUGGCCUUUAGGCUGGAGAGGCUGCGCACCCUCAUCCCUCUCAGCACCAAAGACGAAGGGUCGCACGAGGCUGUCAAGGACUGCAGCGUCAGAGAGGAGAGUGAAGGCCUGGAAGGAGGAAGAUCUGCAGCUCCAACGAGAACAAAAGGCCGCUUGUAACACGCAGGAGGCCAUUUUUAUCUCUCGUCGUCGUCCCUUCCAGUCAGCAUACCUCCAACAAAAACCAACCCCUCCGGACUGCAGACUCAUCACAGGAAAUAGACCGCCGGGAACCGGUUAACUUCAUCGGUGUCGAGGAGAAGAUGACAAACGUACGCCGUGGAAGCUCCGAGGUUUCGUCACACGUAACUGCCUCAUAUGGGUGAACAGCCAAAAGCCGGAGCCCCUCCCCUCCAAGGAGGUCACCCGUUUGUUCUUUGCUGUUCCCUUUGUUUUGUUGUUGUUGUUUAUUUUUGUUUUCAGAGGAGAGGGAAACGGGUUGUGGUGAUGUGGAGCUGGCGGUACCCAAAGGUGUCGCAGCGAAGCAAAAACACCCAAAUGAACGGGCGCGCCCUCGCCCACUCAGCAUCCGGGUGUGGAGGAGAGGCCUCGGUCACUCAGAUGUGCUGUUAGCGGACAAACUGCCAUUUAAGGAGCAUCUGAGGGCUUUUUCAGCCUGGUGGUGGGCGGGAGCCCUUCCGCUUUGAUGGUGUUUAAGUGCCUUCAGCAUCUCCCCUUCCCAUUCCUCAGAUUCCCAACAUCUGUUUCUGAAGUCAGCCGGGAUCUCUGACAGACAUCAGCGCAGAUAACGUUAGAGUUAAUCCCUAAACAACAACAACAACAACCUCCAGAUCGUAAACAGAAACAUCAUCUUCUUCCAUCAGGAACACAAACAAACCAGAUGUUCUAUUUUUUCAUUUGUGCUUUUCCGCGUAGUCUUGGACGUUUACUGAACAUAUUGUUCACACGGUCUGUGGAUUACAGGAGAAAGGGGGUGACUGUUGUUGUAUAUUGUGUAUUUCAUUGUGGGUAUGAUCAUAUUUAUGACCACUUUUCCAUUUUAAGACACUUCUCUGCUUUUCUUUAGGACUUUUUCCUGGAAGAAGCUCUAAAACAGAACAGCUUUCUCUGCUCCGACGGCAUCAGGGGUGCUGCAAACUCAAAGUUUCUUCCUGUGUUGCAGAUUUUAGGCCUAAGGUUGAGUGGGAACAAUGCACUCAGACACGGAAGCACUGAAUGGUACUACCCACGAGCUGACAGCAUGUUUGCAGCUGUAGCGGGUUUCUGUGCAGGGCCGUGACAUUUUAACUACUUGUGAAAGGUCAGAAUCCACCAGCUUGGUAUUCCUCCUGUGGGAUCGGAUGCUUGCGGUGGUUUCUGCAGAGGGUCACCUCAAAUAUUUCCUUACAAAGAAACACUCAAUUGCACUUAAUCUUUGCUUGUACUUGGAACAGAAAGCAGUGCUCGUUCUGGUUUUUAUUAAAUUAAACUCAAAUGGACCCAUCAGCAACCCGAGCACUUAAAACGGAACAUGCACGACUCUCCAGGUCCAAGGGAAAAGUCUUUGUUCCCUAAUUGGAAUUCUGUAAAUUAAAUGUGGCCGUGCAUUAUGAUCUGCUCAGCUGCAACUCGUGCUAAUUACUGCAGGACAUGAGCAGAUGCCCCCAGCUCGGUGGCGUUCCGAGCGACCGUGCACGGAGCCGAGGGAGUAAAAAACAAAAAGGAGUAGACGGGGGAAUUAAUGCGCACCGAAAUCAAACACGAGCUGACGAAAUCUGACGGCUAAUAUCUAAGAAGGGUAGAUUUGUUUUGUUAGCUCGGUGAAAUAUGCAAAAACUCCCCUUUUUCCUUCCCGUCCUCCAGUCGGUUGGAAAGUUCCUCUGGGAACCGUCUCUUCCCAAAUGGUUGGGAAUGUCCUGACGUGCUGGAUGACAUGAAAACGGCGUCGCAGAAGCCCCGCGGGAAGUGGGGCCAGAGCUUUGUUUUCAUCUUGCUGUAAAUAGCAAAAUAGUGAAAUUUUAAUUUAUACAGUAAAUUAUUGUUUUUUUGUAUGUGAAUGGGAUAUAAUCUAUCUUUUGUAUAAGUGAAGUAUCUUUGUAGUUUUAUUUAAUGUGUCCUGGAUGCAAAUAAACACUGUAUGCAUGUUUCUUAAAA